UGUCAUGCGCCGGAAGCAGCCCGCAAAACAAUUUAAAUAACUUAAUUUAGAAUGGAAUAACUUGUUAAAUACUUACGAGAUAUGUAAAAAAUAAACAGCAUUUCAAAUGGGGUGAUCCGGAUUAUUUAUUGGACUGAAAUAUAUAUAUAUUUUUUUUUUAUUAACUUGAUCAUAAUUCGGUGAAUAAAUUUCGGAUAUGCCAUAAUAUGCUCAGUUGGUAGGCAAAAAUGAGUAAAAUAUAAGUAGAUUGAAUAGGAGGGAGAGUAAAACGAACCCUCAGAAAUUUCAUCCUAAAUAAAAGAAAAAAGAAAGGAAUUAAAAUGUAAAAUGUGAGGAAAGUUUAAAGAUAAUGCGGCGAUAUGGACACCAUGAUCGCGUUAAUGGCAAUACUCAUAUGAAGAGGUCACUCAGUUCACAUAGAGUACAACAACAAAUAAACGAGUUGUCUUAUUUACAGUCAGCAGAACUUGUCACACCUUGUAGAUUGUUCCUUGUCCUUAUUGGAAGUGUAGUGAUGAUAUUACUGAUAUCUCUCAGUAUUAGCAGUGAUGAGAUCACCUCCAGUCCGUAUCAUACUGACAAUAGAGUCAACCUAACCAAAGAACCCUAUCAUGUGAAUUAUAAAACAGUGCAGCAGAUGAGAGAAGAAAUGCUAUUGCAUUAUGGGUAUUCAUCUUCAGAAAAUAAAGUAGAAAAAAGAUCAGAUAUUUCUCUACAAGAAUUCUGGGACCUAUAUGAUGGAAAAUGGCCUAUUGUUAUAUUAGAUAUAGUCCCAAAAUGGCAUGCAUACAAGAAAUGGGGCAAGGACUUUUUUUCCAACAAUUAUGGGGCAGACAGAAUCAUUCUAAAAGCUGUGGAGGGUGUACUAGAUGAAGGUGUUGCACAUAUAAGAGAUAUGAAAUCAUUUAUCAGUCAUUUAGAGCAGCCGUCACAACCUGAUUCAUGGACGUACAUGGAAGAUGAAAUGUUCCUUAUGCUUCGACCUGAGCUCAAGAAACAUAUUGGCAACAAUGUUUUCAUGGAAGAAAAUUUCUUCAACUUAUUCCCCUACGAAGUUCGACCUUGGGAUUGUAUGAUGUUAUGGGGAACGAAAUAUUCCAGAUCAACUCUUCAUAUGGACCCAUACAACUGGACAGCUAUCAGUGCUGUUAUAUGGGGCAGAAAAAAAUGGAAGCUUUUCCCACCUGGACAGGACCACAACUUGUAUAUUCAGCCAGGAAAUAAAUGUGGUUUUCCUCUUGAAUGUAACAAAUAUGAUAGUAUUGUAGAUGCAUUUGAACCUGAUUACUGGAAAUUUCCUAAAUUCCGUAAAGUUCAUUAUUUGGAGGUGGAACAAAACAGUGGGGAGAUGUUAAUUAUUCCAUCUGGUUGGUACCAUCAGGCAUUCAAUGACGAGGAGACAUUAUCUAUCUCAAUGGAGUUGAUGAAUAGAAACAAUUACCUUGUGGUACUAGAGGAGAUAAUUAAAGGAAAGAAUUUAAGCCGUAAGAAACUUCCUGCUCACUUCCACACACUUCUACCACCAGAUCAGGUGAAGUUGUUCAUGUCUCUACUACCAAAGAAGAUUUUGAAACAUGGUAAAGAAGUCAAUGAUGAUUUAAUAAAUACAUUAGAUAUUAUGAGGAAUCAGACAUCAGAUUUACAGCAACCAAUAGCUGCCACCACAGACUGAUUUUCUACUCAAGUCAGAGUCAGACUGACUUUGUUAUC